AUGAUAGAAGACAGAUGGGUGGGAAUGGACGCGCUCGGCUGCGGCACCCUGGGAGACAAUUUGAUGUUUUACCUGCCUGAGCUGGUUCUGUCCGUGGUUGUGGUGGUGGGCAUGCCAACCGGCCUGCAAGGACAGAGCGUCUCUUCGGGUAGCUCCGAAAUCAAAUCUGACGACGAAGGAGAUGAAAACCUCCAAGACACCAAGUCUUCUGAGGACAAGAAACUAGAGGAUGACAAGAAGGAUAUCAAAUCAAUUACUAGCAAUAACGAUGAUGAAGACCUGACACCAGAGCAGAAGGCUGAGAGAGAAAAAGAAAGGAGGAUGGCCAACAACGCUCGAGAACGACUGCGCGUCCGCGACAUCAACGAGGCUUUCAAGGAGUUGGGCCGGAUGGUGCAGCUCCAUCUGAAGAGCGACAAGCCCCAGACCAAGCUCCUGAUUCUACACCAGGCUGUGGCUGUCAUCCUCAGCUUAGAGCAGCAAGUCAGAG